AUGAUUAAACAAGGAAGUGGCAACAGUAGUAGCAAUAGGAGGUUACCAUCGGUUAUUUGGGUAUCACAACAGGGGGAAUCGAUGCGGUUGGGGAAUGCUUAUGCGUACUGCAAACCAUCGCAGAAGGUUAGGCUGAAGCUGGACCUGUUACGGGGGCUUCCCGGAUACGUGGGCCAUGCCACGAGCAGGAUCAGCCGGCUCGACAACCAGGACAGUUACUCGAUAAAGAUGAUGCGUUCGUGGCCCAACGUGUAUGGCAGUGCUUUGAACUGCUCCGUGUUCGAUGGCCACGGAGAGAAAGGUGCGCAGCUGUCGAAGUUGCUUGCAGACAGGCUGUGCAGCUACCUGGACCGCCGUGAGCCUCAUUGGAGCAAGCAGGACUUGAAGGGGCUGGUUCAAGAGUAUGCAAGAAGGUUUCCCGAGGGAAACUACUGGAAGCAGAAGCUGACCAUGUUCGACAGAUUCUACGACAAAUUUAUAAAGAACUGCAACUCGAAGCAGGAACUGCUGCUAAUGGAGGAAGGGGACACCGCCGCCCUCGCCCAGAAUGGGGGCAGGAUGAUCUUUGAUAAGAUGGGGAACAUCAUUGAUAAGAUUGCGCUACUCACUGAGCAAGACCGGUUGCGGCUUUUUUAUGGGUAUGCUCAGUUCGAUCUUGACCAGUGCUGCCAGCUAGGCACCGCAGCUGGGUCUACUGCAUCGUCCGUCUUUCUGUAUCCUUAUGACGUUCCGAACACGCCUACAGACGAGGGCAAAGAGGAUGACUCAUGGAUGAUCUCGCAUUCCGGGCUGCUCAAGCUCAUCGUCACCCAGGUGGGCGACUCCAAGAUCAUUCUGUGCGACCAGGACGGGAUCGCACACCCAUUGACGACGACCCAUCAUGCCAGCUCUAGCAGGGAACGGCGUCGUCUAAGCCUGGAUCCUUCACGACUGGACCCAGACGCUUUUGGAGAGACCAGGUUCCUGAACAAUUUUGCCAACACAAGAUCGUUUGGGGAUGUAGCCGGGAAGCCGUUUGGAAUAUCAAGCGAACCGGACAUCUUCUCUUUUCUCAUUGGCAACACCUUGCGUCUGCCACGCUCUGAGCGAUCAAAGCUGCCCUUUAAUGGCGACGAGUGCUUUCUGGCUCUCGUUACAGAUGGCAUCACCAACCAGCUCGCAGACCAAGAGCUGGUAGACCUGAUCACCUCCACGGUGAACUCCUGGGGGUUGAAGAAGGCCACACCACAGUUCGUUGCAGAAGAAACCAUAAAGUUCAUCCAAGCCAUUGCCUCGAAGCAUUCGGACAACGCCACCUGUGUGGUAGUCAGGCUGUCCAACUGGGGAAAUUGGCCCAACGUCGACCGAACGGGCCUCCAGAGGGAAACCAAACUUAUGAAUGCUCAAUCUAACGAAACCAAACUGAACUAA